AUGAUUAUCCAUAUUCUUCUAGCAGCAUUUUACAUUGAAAACUGUAUAUCGUUCAAUAUUCUGGUUUAUUCUCCAGCCUUUGCAAAUAGUCAUCAGAAUUUUAUGGGACAUUUAGCUGAUACAUUGACUGAUGCUGGACAUAAUGUGGUUCGUAGAAUAUCAGAAGGAACACUUUUAAUAAAUAAAAUAUUUACAGACUUUGGUUGUUCCGAUUGCCGAUGAAGGAAGAAGAAAUGUUCUGGGGAUAAAAACAACAAAACAAGUUGUAUUUAUUGAAUUGGAUGAAAUCGCGAAAAAGGAAAUAGUUGCUGUAGAUUCAAGUAUGACAUCUUUAUGGACAGAAGUUGCAACAGCAGAAGAUACAGAGAAAAACUUUUUCUGGUUUACUGAUUUGAUGGAGAAAACGUGUGCAAAUGUUAUGAGAUCAAAAACUCUUUUGGACGAAUUAAAAUCGAAAGACUUUGACGUUGCCAUAAUUGAGCCAUUAUCUGUUUGUGGACUUGGGUUAUUCAGAAAACUUGGAAUUGAGAAAACAAUUCUAUCAACAUCUUGUGCACAUUAUGAUUUUCUUUUUCCAUGGAUUGGUGAACCAAAUCAUCCAAGUUAUGUUCCAGCAACAACAAGUCCCACAAAUGAUAAAAUGACAAUCAGAGAAAGAUUUGAGAAUUACAAAUACUAUAAGGUUUGUGAUAGCUAACUUAUGGGAAAAAACCUGACAAAAUUACAGUAUAUGAGAGACAAUAUGGAGAUUCUUUUCGACAAAGAGGAACAAUUAUACAAAAAAUACUAUGGGGAUGAAAUUUCUACAUGGAAAGAACUCUUGCCAUCAGCUUCAAUGUAUUUUACAAAUUCCAAUCCAUUUAUUGAUUUUCCUCGACCAGUUAUUCAAAAAACUAUACCAAUUGGAGGAAUCAGUGUGAAUAUGGAUCAUAUUUUGAGUCAAAAGCUACCAAAAGAAUGGGAUGAAAUUCUCGAUUUACGUCCGAAAACAAUGCUCAUUUCAUUUGGAAGUAUGGUUAAAUCUCAUGAAAUGCCAGAUAAUUGGAAAUCAAACUUAUUAAAAGUUAUCAAAUCUCUUCCAAGUGUCACAUUUAUUUGGAAAUAUGAAUCGAGUGAUACUGAAUGGUCAAAAAAUGUGAGCAAUGUCUAUUUCAGUAGAUGGAUACCGCAAACUGCUCUUCUAGGUAUGUUUCAUACACAACUUGAGUAUUUCUUAUUUAAAACAAUUUUAUUUUCAGUGGAUAAUCGAGUUUCGGCAUUUUUGACCCACGGAGGUUUAGGAAGUGUCAACGAAUUAGCUCAUUGUGGAAAACCAGCUUUGAUGAUACCAAUAUUUGCAGAUCAAACUAGAAACUCAAAAAUGCUUGCAAGACACAACGGAUCAAUUUAUUUGGACAAACACGAACUAGGAAAUUAUGAGGUUAUUUAUUCUGCAAUCAGUUCAAUACUUUUUGACGAAAGUUAUAAUUUGAAUGCACAACGACUUGCUCAAAUUAUUGCAAAUCAACCAGUCAAACCCAAAGAUUUAGUUAUUCAAUAUACUGAAUUCGUUGCAAAACAUGGACCUUUUCCCACAAUGGAUCCUUAUGUUAGAAAUCUGAACUUCAUACAGAAACAUUGUUUAGAUUGCUUCUUUUUAUAUUAUAGUAGUUAUAUUAUUUCAAAAACUGCUGUGAUAAUUUCUGUUUCCAUUGUUGUUUUUAAAAUCACAAAUGCAAUAACUUCAGGAGGUUGUAAAUAA